CACAAAAGCAUCAAGAAAACUACAUAGUAAACAAGAGGGGGAAAUUCUCAAGAUAUAUAAAGGGAUUGAAGAAAAAUCCAAUCUUUCUUUUGAAAAAAGGAGAUGGCUUUAAUACGCCUUCUCACCCAGGUUGAGAGGCAUCAAUCUCAACUGAGGCAGCUAAGCUCUUUAUCCAAUAGAACGUAUCUUACUUCUAAAAGGAUCAUAGGAAGUGAAGCGUAUGGAGUUGCAAAUAUCAAGCAAAGGUUUCAGUCUAGUUAUGUGGGCAGUCUAGGACGCAGAGCACGUGAAACAAAUGAAAGUAGUAAUGCUGCAUAUCAUAGAAAUGACCAAGAGGCAGUCAUAAGGUUGUUUGAAAGCCAACCUUCAUUGCUUUCUAAUCCAGAAGCAGUGUCGGCGUAUGUUAAGGCACUGGUAAAGGCUGACAAACUCGAUGAAAGUGAGCUGCUCCGGACUUUGCAGAGAGGGAUUUCUGGUUCUGCUAGUUCUCAUGUGGAGGAAGAAAAUUUAGGGGCUCUGUCUGCUUUUAGGAAUGUUGGGAAAGCAACAAAGGAUGGUGUUCUUGGUACUCGUAAUACUCCUAUACAUAUGGUGGCUGUUGAAGGAGGUAACUUCAAAGAACAGUUAUGGCGUACAUUCCGGUCUCUGGCUGUGGCCUUUCUCUUGAUUUCAGGAAUUGGUGCUCUCAUUGAAGAUAGAGGAAUCAGCAAAGGACUUGGUUUAAAUGAGGAAGUGCAACCGAGUAUGGAAACCCAUACAAAAUUUUCUGAUGUGAAGGGUGUUGAUGAGGCAAAAUCUGAGCUGGAAGAAAUUGUUCACUAUCUCCGAGAUCCUAAGCGUUUCACUCGUCUUGGUGGCAAGCUCCCAAAAGGUGUAUUACUUGUUGGUCCCCCUGGAACUGGUAAGACCAUGUUGGCGAGGGCCAUAGCUGGAGAAGCUGGGGUUCCCUUUUUCUCAUGCAGUGGCAGUGAGUUUGAAGAAAUGUUUGUCGGUGUCGGAGCUCGGAGAGUGAGAGACCUUUUCGCCGCUGCUAAGAAGCGAUCACCAUGCAUUAUAUUCAUUGAUGAGAUUGAUGCUAUUGGAGGAAGCCGUAACCCAAAGGACCAACAAUAUAUGAGGAUGACUUUAAAUCAGUUGCUUGUCGAGCUGGAUGGCUUCAGACAAAAUGAUGGUAUCAUUGUGAUUGCUGCCACUAAUUUCCCCGAGUCACUGGAUAAGGCAUUGGUGAGACCUGGACGAUUUGAUCGCAACAUUGUUGUCCCAAAUCCUGAUGUCGAAGGGCGGAAACAGAUUUUGGAAUCUCACAUGUCAAAGAUUCUGAAGGCGGACGAUGUUGACCUUAUGAUCGUUGCUCGGGGGACUCCUGGAUUUUCUGGUGCUGACCUUGCUAACUUGGUGAAUAUUGCUGCUGUAAAGGCUGCAAUGGAUGGUGCCAAAGCCGUAACCUUGGCUGAUCUAGAGCAUGCUAAGGACAAGAUCAUGAUGGGAAGUGAGCGCAAAUCGGCUUUUAUAUCCCAAGAGACGAGAAAACUCACAGCCUACCACGAAGGUGGCCAUGCACUUGUAGCGAUGCAUACAGACGGAGCUCUUCCGGUGCACAAAGCUACUAUUGUUCCACGAGGCAUGGCUCUUGGUAUGGUUGCUCAAUUGCCUGAGAAGGACGAGACUACCAUGUCUCGUAAGCAGAUGCUUGCUCGGCUUGAUGUUACUAUGGGUGGGCGGGUUGCUGAAGAGCUCAUUUUCGGGGAAAGUGAAGUUACAUCUGGUCCAUCUGAUGAUCUCAAGCAAGCAACGAAGCUAGCCCGAGCCAUGGUCACCAAGUUUGGUAUGAGCAAAGAAGUGGGGCUCGUUACUCACAACUACGAUGAUAAUGGGAGGAGCAUGAGCACUGAGACUAGGCUUCUUAUCGAGAAGGAAGUAAAAGAACUACUCGAAAGGGCUUACAACAACGCGAAAACGAUUCUCACUACCCACAGUAAAGAGCUUCAUGCGCUUGCUAAUGCAUUGCUUGAGCAGGAGACAUUAACUGGAGGCCAGAUCAAGGCUUUGAUUGCCCAGGUCAGUUCUCAACAAACACAGCAAACACAACAACAAUUAGUUAGAGUUGAAAGUACAUCACAGUCCAAUUCAAGACCUCCCCCGAGUCCAAGUGCAGCUGCAGCUGCUGCGGCUGCUGCUGCAGCCGCUGCCAAAACCAAAGGCAUUGCUCCAGUAGGACCUUAGUUCAGAAAACAUUGGUAAAACUAUUUAUCAACUCAAUGUCCAUAUAGUUCAUUAUUUUCAUGCAAGACUUCCAACCCUUUGGGAAUCAUUGUCGAGCUGCUGUUAGCGAGGGGAAUCUUUGUAUAGGUGAGUUUAAGGUCAAAGGUUUUUUAACAGUUUAACGGCAGGUGCUCAUGUAUUUUCAAGUGCAUCGCCCAAUUUCAAGUCCUCAUAUCACAUAGCUGGCAUUGUCUUUCUUGUUAGAUUUUAGCUGUUUUCUUCUUUUUCUUGCCCAUUUUCUUCGAAUAUUUCGUCCCACGGGGAUAUUGUAAAUUUCAUAGUGCAAGAACCUGGUUGUUUUCCAUGUCUGCACUUCACUACAUUACCCUUCCUAUUUAAAUGAAAGUAGUAUAUCAGUUUAGUUACUAGUA